AGGAGCCACACUGACCAGGUGAUCCAGGACGGGGAGGGAACCUGAAGCUGAAAGAGUUCAGUCAGAGUUCAGACUCCAUUUAGAGUCGACAGAGCAGAAGGAGGAAAACUGAAGACAGAGGCAGGGUGUUAAUCCAACAUUUUUAUUAUUUUAGUGUCAAAGUCCCUGUGUCAGUUUUCUCCCUGUGGACUGUAGAGGGCAGUUUAUCUUUGUGCGUGUUACUUCCUGUUGUCUCAGUCUAACACUGAGCUCACAGUCAGUGUUACUGUUUCACCUCUCAGAUUGACUGAAGUCCAGAAUUGUUUGUGUGGAGGAAGAGGAGGACAGAGAGUCUGCAGUAUCCAGCUGUCUGUCUAUGAAGAGUGACCGGUCCAAAGAUAAACCUCCACACUUCAGUCCUGAACCUGGACCCUCAGACACAAAUGAAUAGCAAUCUGCGGGAGGUUUUAGAUGAACAUAAGAUCAGUCUGAGGAGGAGAUGUGAACGUGUGACUGAAGGAAGUGAUGAAACAGGAAGUGGAACCCUCCUCAACAGGAUCUACACUGAGCUCUACAUCACAGAGGGACAGAGUGAAGAGGUUAAUACCCAGCAUGAGGUGAGGCAGCUUGAGACAGCUUCCAAGAUGGAGACCCUCCAUGACACUGCAAUCAGGUGCCAGGACAUCUUUAAAGCCUUACCUGGCCAACAGAGAGCCAUCAGAGUGGUUCUGACCAACGGCGUCGCUGGCGUUGGAAAAACCUUCUCAGUGCAGAAGUUCACUCUGGACUGGGCAGAGGGCUCGGAAAACCAAUAUGUCGGUCUGCUGGUUCUGCUCUCGUUCAGGGAGCUGAACUUGAUCAAAGAUGAGCGGCACAGUCUUCUCACGCUGCUCCAUGUUUUCCAUCCAACAUUACAGAAGGUCCCAGCAGAGAAGCUCGCCGUCUGGAAACUGUUGUUCAUCUUUGACGGCCUGGAUGAAAGCAGACUUUCAUUGGAUUUCCACAACAGUGAGGUUGUGUCUGAUGUCACACAGAAGUCAUCAGUCAACCUGCUGCUGACAAACCUCAUCGAGGGGAAUCUGCUUCCCUCGGCUCUCGUCUGGAUAACUUCCCGACCUGCGGCGGCCAAUCAGAUCCCUCCUUCAUGUGUUGACAGGUUAACAGAAGUACGAGGCUUCACUGACGCCCAGAAGGAGGAGUACUUCAGGAGGAGAGUCAGUGAUGAAGAGCUGUCCAGCAGAAUCAUCUCACACAUCAAGACCUCCAGGAGCCUCCACAUCAUGUGUCUAAUCCCAGUCUUCUGCUGGAUCACUGCUACAGUUCUGGAGCACAUGUUGACUACAGAGCAGAGAGGAGAGCUGCCCAAGACCCUGACUGACCUGUACUCACACUUCCUGCUGGUUCAGAUAAAGAGGAAGAAGCAGAAGUACGAUGAGGGACAUGAGACGAGUCCACAGGAGCUGACGGAGGCUGACAGGGAGGUUCUUCUGAAGCUGGGGAGGCUGGCGUUUGAACAGCUGGAGAAAGGAAACAUAAUGUUCUACCAAGAAGACCUGGAGCAGUGUGGUCUUGAUGUCGCAGAGGCCUCGGUGUACUCAGGAGUUUGUACAGAGAUCUUCAAAAGAGAGAGUGUGAUCUUCCAGAAAACAGUCUACUGCUUUGUUCAUCUGAGCGUUCAGGAGUUUCUGGCUGCAGUCUACAUGUUCCACUGUUACACCAGCAGGACCACAGAGGGACUGGAGGACUUCCUGGGAAAACAACAUGUUGAUUCAACCUUGGAUGUCUUCCUGCAGAGAGCCAUGGAGAAAUCCCUUGAAAGUAAAAAUGGCCACCUGGACCUGUUUGUUCGCUUCCUUCAUGGCCUCUCUCUGGAGUCCAACCAGAGACUCUUAGGAGGCCUGCUGGGUCGGCCAGACAACGGUCCAGAAAUCAUCCAGAGAGCCAUCAACAACCUGAAGGAGAUGAACAGUGAUGAGAUCUCUCCUGACAGAAGCAUCAACAUCUUCCACUGUCUGACGGAGAUGAACGACCACUCAGUACAUCAGGAGAUCCAAGAGUUCCUGAAGUCAGAGAACAGAUCAGAGAAGAACCUCUCUGAGAUCCACUGCUCAGCUCUGGCCUACAUGCUGCAGAUGUCAGAGGAGGUUCUGGAUGAGUUGGACCUGAAGAAGUACAACACAUCAGAGGAGGGACGACUGAGACUGAUUCCAGCUGUGAGGAACUGCAGAAAGGCUCUACUUUCUGGCUGUGGACUGUCAGAGACUCUCUGUGAAGUCGUAGCUUCAGCUCUGAAGUCCAUCCCCUCCCAUCUGAAAAAGCUGGACCUGAGUGUAAACGAACUGAAGGAUUCAGGAGUGAAGCUGCUGUCUACUGGACUGGAGAGUCCACACUGUAGACUAGAGACUCUGAGAUUGAGUUGGAGCAGUUUGUCAGAGAUCAGCUGUGCUUCUCUGGCCUCAGCUCUGAAGUCCAACCCCUCCCAUCUGAGAGAGCUGGACCUGAGUGACAACGAGCUGCAGGAUUCAGGAGUGAAGCUGCUGUGUGAUUUUCUGGGGAGUCCACACUGUAGACUGGAAAUUCUGAGAUUAAGUACCUGCAGUUUGUCAGAGAUCAGCUGUGCUUCUCUGGCCUCAGCUCUGAAGUCCAACCCCUCCCAUCUGAGAGAGCUGGAGCUGAGUGACAACAAGCUGCAGGAUUCAGGAGUGAAGCUGCUGUGUGGUUUUCUGGAGAGUCCACACUGCAGACUGGAGACUCUGAGAUUGUGGUCCUGCAGUUUGUCAGAGAUCAGCUGUGCUUCUCUGGCCUCAGCUCUGAAGUCCAACCCCUCCCAUCUGAGAGAGCUGGAGCUGUGUAACAACAUCCUGCAAGAUUCAGGAGUGAAGCUGCUGUGUGACUUCCUGGAGAGUCCACACUGUAGACUGGAGAAUCUUGGAUUUUGGUUCUGCAGUUUGUCAGAGAUCAGCUGUGCUUCUCUGGCCUCAGCUCUGAAGUCCAACCCCUCCCAUCUGAGAGAGCUGCAGCUAAGUGACAACAAGCUGCGGGAUUCAGGAGUGAAGCUGCUGUGUGGUUUUCUGGAGAGUCCACACUGUAGACUGGAGACUCUGAGAGUGAGUUCCUGCAGUUUGUCAGAGAUCAGCUGUGCUUCUCUGGCCUCAGCUCUGAAGUUCAACCCCUCCCAUCUGAGAGAGCUGCAGCUGAGUCACAACAAGCUGCAGGAUUCAGGAGUGAAGCUGCUGUGUGGUUUUCUGGAGAGUCCGUACUGUAGACUUGAGACUCUGAGAUUGUUGGGCUGUGGGUUGUCAAAGAUCAGCUGUGCUUUUCUGGCAUCUGCUCUGAAGUCCAACCCCUCCCAUCUGAGAGAGCUGCAGCUGAGCGACAACAAGCUGCGAGAUGCAGGAGUGAAGCUGCUUUCUGAUCUGGUGGAGAGUCCACUCUUCAGACUGGAGACCCUGAGCUGGAGAUGAUCUAUCAGAGUGUGAAUGAUGAGAAAGGUGGGGGAGUUGUCAGCUUCAACCUGCAGUGACUAACAGGGAAAUAAUAACAAGUGGAGUCAAGUCUACCAUCAUCCCUUUGUAUUCCUCCGGAUGUGACGGAGUAUCAUUGGAUUUCAUGAUGUCACUGAGGAUGUGAAAUUUCACCGCCCAGCAGUCAGUAAUCAUCCCUAUUUGACAAAUGUCAAUGUGUGCGUUUGUUUAAAUAAUUGACAAAGAAAGACAUCACGUGCUAGAUUUAAUUAUGUAGCAUUAAGAUUAAACUUCUCACAGUA